AUGCAUAUCAAGCGGGAGCACCCAUCCCAGUACGACCACAGCGUCGGCGACAGUCAACCUCCGGCUCGUCGUGCCAGACUCGUUAAGCACGAGGAUAAUCGCACUUUCGAUCAGUUGACGGGAAGAAUCCAGCAAGACCAUCUAGAACCUCAGCAUCAACACUUGUUUGAUGCCUUUCCCACUGAGAACGCUGGCGAUCAAAUCCCCCCACAGCAAGAAGUACUGUCGCACAUGAACAACACUGGACUUCUCAUCUCCCAGCAACUUUCCAACUUGCAGCUGAAUCAACAGCCUACGCAAGACAACCUAUACUUGUGGAGACCGGACUUGUCUCAACUUCCUAACAGCUUCGUCUUUGGCCCAGUCGAGCAGCAGCAGCCCUUCUUGUUCCAAGGCUCCAGUGAUCAGAAACAGGAGCAGCCACUGUACCAAGACUUCAGUGAUCAAAGCCAUCAGCAGACACAAUUCCAAGACUUCCGCAAUCCAAUCCAGCAGCAGCCAAUGCCCCAAAGCCACCCCUCGGAGCCUGUUCACGAGAAGAUAGAGCAAGGUCGGGUCAAGAUGGAAGAGACAAUGACUUUCCCUGCUGCCUUCGGAGUUAACGAAGAUCAAUGGAAGGUUGAGAACCCGUACGGAAACGAUGUCCUGUCAGAGCUGCCGGGAGCUGGUACAUUGAAUAAUGGCAUCCAACAAACGAGCGGCUAUAAUGUCUCAGUUCGGAAUCUUGGGCCUGUCCAAUUCCAGAGCCACAACAGCAAUCAGAACUUCCUUAAUGCCAGUAGGGCGGCUGUCGGAAAUGGCUUGGUUCCGCAAAUGUGGCCCGCCUUGGAGGACCAGGCCCAGUCUGCAAACGACUUCUUUAUGCCCUCGUUUGACUUGGGCCAAACGACCACAGGCUUUUCCGAACAGCCUCGUUUGCAGGGACCCUUCAACACACAGGCUCAGCUAAACCAUCGUUUUGGCCUGAGCCAAGCCCCCACGCAAAGCAACUGGGCUACCAACACCCAAGUCCAGGGGCUUGCGGGGGGCUUUCAAAUGAACCAUGGGCUCAGUCCCGAUGCUGUACUUUUCAACGGCAUCCCAGCCACAGGAACGUUGAAUUCAGUCAUUAACCCCAUGACUUUCAACCCGACAAUGGGUUUCGACAUAUCCUACCCUGAGGGCACCGUCUCGCCAAAGGCUCUGCAGAUAAACCCCUCGCCUGACACUCCUACAGUCCCGCCUGAGCCAGACCAGAGCCUCCUGAUGACGGGCAACGAUGAGCAGCUUUCCAGCUCAUCUUCUACCAUCAAGCUUGAUGCGUCCCCUGCUCCGACUAAAAAGGUGAACGCAAAGGGGCGUACCGAGCUUCCCGACAAGCCCUAUGGUUCAAACCAGAGCUCAUCAUCGAGCUCUAGCUCGGAUGGUAACAGAAGUGCCAAGACCCAGCAGAUACCCCAGCGCCCGAAGAAGUUCUCUGAGCUUCGGCCCAAGCCAGCACGAAGCGCCUUGCUAGAUCAAUCGAGUUCUGCAAAGCCCCAGCUCUCCCCGGCAAAGUUGCAUCGCCAAAAACAGAACAAGUUUCUCCUCGAGAAGAAGCGUGAAGGCAUGUCAUACAAGGACAUCAAGCGCGAGGGUGGGUUCACCGAAGCAGAGUCGACUCUUAGAGGCCGAUUCCGCACGCUCACGGUGGCACCGGCCGAGCGAGUCAGGAAGCCCGCUUGGAAGGCUGGAGAUGACGAGUUGCUACGCCAAGGCGUUCGCAAGUAUGCCAAGGGAGCAGACAUCAAUACGGCCAAGAUUCCCUGGGCAAAGGUGGCCAACUAUCUGAAGGCCCACGGUGCGUCGUACAACUUCAGCGUCGGUGCCUGCUCCAAGCGCUGGGAGGCAAGGGAAGAAAAGUGA